UAUUUUUAAAUGUUCAUUAUUUCAUGUUUUUUUAUUAAUAUAUCCAAAUAGGUAUACUAUUUGAUAUAUCUGCACCGACUGUACGCUAAUUAAUAACUCACUCUAUAAUUUACUGCAUUUCUGUUAUUAAUUAUGUAAACUAAUAAUUAUUAUUGUUUAUCAAGAAAAAACAAAUAUUUACCGGUUUAUCCAUAUAACAAGUUGAACCAAGUGAACAAGCAAUAUUAUUAAUUAUAAAUAUUACCUACUUUUAAACAACAUUUAACUAUUUGUUAUGAUUAGGUAGAAAAAACAUUUUUAAACCAUGUCUAUAGAUAAUCAGAGUGAUUCUGGAUACUUCAGUUCCAAUCCGGUUCAAUACAGGAAACGAUUGGAUGCGCAGUUUUACGAAACACAGUGUGAAGAAUUGGCCAUGAGUUUACUGGGAAAAGUACUUGUCAGACGACUAGAUGAUGGCACCGUUGUUAGGGGUAGGAUUGUUGAAACCGAAAGUUAUCUGGGCCAUGAAGAUGCUGCUUCCAUAUCAUACAAAGGAAAAGUUACAUCUCGAAAUGAACCUGUGUUCAUGAAACCCGGAACAGCUUUUGUUUAUAUGACAUAUGGAAUGUACCAUUGCUUCAAUAUUUCAAGCAAAGGAGACGGUGCUUCAGUUUUUUUAAGGGCGAUAGAGCCUUUGGAUAAUUUGAACACUAUGGCAUCUCUACGAAAACAAUUUAAAAAAUCUACAAAAACAGUGAUUGCAAAUAAAGAUUUAUGCAAUGGCCCUGCAAAGUUAUGUAUAAGUUUUGCGAUUGAUAUAAAAUCUUGUAAUAAACAAGAUCUGACUUCAUGGGAUGGAAUGUGGGUAGAAGAAGAUGAAAAUAGUAAAUUAAUUGACACAAUUGUUUGCUCGCCAAGAAUAGGUAUUAAAUGUGAAAAAAAGUGGCAAGAUAAAUUUUUUAGAUAUUAUAUUCGCGAUAAUCCCUGUGUUAGUAAGAUAGAAAAAACUAAAAUGAAUGAAUUGAAAUAUUCACAAAUUGAAAAUAUAAAAUAAAAAUUACCUAUACAAUAAGUCAUAUUAAGUAACAUAUUCCAACUUUAAAUGUACUCAGUCAUCUUUAUGUUUUUAUUUCCCUUGUAAUUUCAGGAAGUGAGAAAUAUUAAUAAAUGUUAGUUUAUGACCAUUUGUAUAUUAUUAAUAAAUUAAGGU